AUGGUGAAAGAAGCUAGAAACGCUGCAAAAGAGCAGCGUAAGAAACUGUUUGAGAUGGAACAUAUUGUUUAUGAAGAAGAUAUUAUUCCUGAAGGUGCAAAACGUCAAAUUAAUUAUCAGAUUCUCAAGAAUAAAGGACUCACACCUCAUCGUAAAAAAGAGCAGCGAAAUCCACGCGUUAAACAUAGAAAUAAGUAUGAGAAAGCAAGAAAGAAAAUCAAAAGUAUUAAACGUGUAAUUUCACAGCAAGAGGGAUCUUAUGGUGGCGAAAAAACCGGUAUCAAGACUGGUAACAAUUCGCCGCAAUUUCUUAUGACAAUGAGAAAUAUAAUAAUUCUUUGA